AGGUGAUUGAAACUUACCCUAAGCUCCUUUUAUCUCCGCUCUAAAGGUAACCCCGAUUAUUGCUGACUUAAGCAUCGGAAUGUCUACCCCGAGGUCCGCCUCGGGUCUUUGCAGGUCGUUCCGAAGUGCAGUUGCGGACUGAAGAAGGACUUCUAGUUUGUUGCAAUUACAUUGGCGCCGUCUGUGGGAAUCGAACUGAAAGCUCUCUAGUUGCUCUUUCAUCAUGGUCCACACUCGAUCAGUCAGAGCUGGUAAUUCAUCUCUGCUUCAUGGGCAGGGUCAACCCCCCAACAACCUUCCACCUCUGAUCCCACCUCAGCUCCCAACUCAGCUUCCACCUCAGCUUCCACCUCAGCUUCCACCUCAGGUCCCAAUUAUGUUCCCUCCUGUUGAUCAUGUAGAAGGAGGAGAUGAAAAUCAACCUCAUGCCUCAGCUCAUAAUUCAACUUCCACUGCCAAUCAAGACGUAGUGACAGCUCAACUCGCUGCCAUGCAGCAGCAGUUCGGUGUUUUUCAGUUGGUACUGGCUCAGCUUUUAGCUAGAAACAAUCCUGGUGACCCCCUCAUUAAUUUAUUGAAUCCUGCUCAACAACCCCCAGCUCCACAACAGAAUCCUCAGCCGGUUCAGCCUGCUCCCGCUGUUAGCGAAUCUCAAGCUCAAUCCCACAUAGCACCUGCUCCACAACCCAUCCCUGAUGAUGUUACUCGCCGCCUCGAUAGUUUGGAAAAGCUAGUAGCUGAACACCGAGGUGCUCCACCACCACACCAUACUGCUGAUUCUAUACCUCACCCACUGAAUACCAACAUUACACUGGAACCCUAUCCUUCUGGCUUCAAGAUACCACAACUGGAGACUUAUGACGGGACGAAGGAUCUCGAUGACCAUCUGCAUGCUUUCUACUCUUGCAUGCAAGCUCAGAACGCCUCUGACGCGUUGAUGUGCAAAAUUUUCCCCUCUACUCUCCGAGGUAAUGCCCGAACUUGGUAUUACAGUUUACCUCCGAGGUCAAUUAGCUCGUAUACAGUAAUGGCAUCUGCCUUUGCCACUAAGUUUUCCAGUAGAAGGUUGAUUAGGAAAACUACUUCUGAGUUGAUGAGAGUUAAACAGAGGGAUGAAGAAUCUCUGAAGAACUAUAUGAGCAGGUUUAAUGAUGCAGUUUUGGAGGUUAGUUCUUUUGAUCAAGCUGUGGGAAUUGCAGCUGUGAUCUCUGGUCUCAAGCAUGACAGAUUCAGAGACAGUUUGAUCAAACAUGCUGCUACCACCUUUAGCGAGAACCCAGAAUGGAGAGAUGACAAUCCGAGCCGGAAAAGGAUGAGGAUGGCGCAGAACCGAGGUCCGAUGUUGACCUCCCCACCGAGAUUCAGAAGGAUGAACUCAACACCUCUGCAGCAAUCUGCAGGUAAACCUCCAGUUAAUUGGACUCCCUUUAAUCUGUCGAGGUCACAAAUUUUUAUGCAGAUUAAGAACAAAAUGGACUUGAGACGUCCUGGCCCAAUGCGAACUGCUGCUGCUAGUCGAGACCACACUAAAUAUUGUGAUUUUCAUCAAGAUCACAGCCAUACUACAGAGCAGUGCAACAGCUUAAAGUUCGAACUGGAAAGUUUAGCUCAGAAGGGAAUGCUGAAUGAGUAUGUUCAGAGAGCUGAACAGCCGCGGUUUGUCAGAGAGCAAAGGCCGCAGCCCCAAGGAGUCCGAGGACUGAGCUCUAAACAGCGAAAGCUGUAUGUCAGAGAGGUUAAGCAUCAGAACCGAGCUCAGAAGCGGAAGAUUGACGAUGCUGAAUGGAAGAAUCAACCCAUUACUUUCACAUCUGCUGACCUCGACACAGUUGUUACACCCCACAAUGAUCCUCUGGUCACUUCUGUCAUGAUUAAUAACUGUGAAGUACAGCGUGUCCUUGUUGACACCGGGAGUGCACCAGACAUCAUGUACUUCCACUGUUUCGAGAGUCUGGGGUUAGAUCCAGCAUUGUUGCAGAAAUAUGAUGGUCCUAUCUAUGGUUUCAACAACCAACCUAUCCCGGUAGAAGGCGUUCUUACCCUUCAUGUGGCUUUUGGGAGUGGCCGGACCUAUGUAACCCCUUCAGUCCGUUUCCUCAUCGUCAAGAUGGCGUCCUCUUUCAACAUUGUUAUUGGCCGACCCACAUUGACUGAAAUCCGAGCUGUGGUUUCCCAAUCCCACCUCUACAUGAAAUUCCCCACUCCCAUGGGCAUAGCAACACUACGGGGAAACCAGGAGGUGGCCAGACAUUGUUACAUCACCUCGGUAACACAACUAACGAAGGGCAAAGAUAAGACACCCGAGGUCAUUCCCCAGCGAAUCCCUGAUAGUCAGCAAGUUAUGGGUGUAGAGAUUGUUGAUAAUCGACCGGAUGAUGAAACCAGAGCUACUCCGAUAGAAGAUGUUGAAGAAUCUUAUCUUAGCUCACCACCUCUGUUGACUAAGGCUGUAGAUGGAGAGAUUCUUUAUCUGUACCUGGGGAUUUCAGAUGAGGCCAUUAGUUCAGUUCUGGUGAGAGAGGAAGCCAAGCAACAGAAACCAAUCUAUUAUAUCAGCAGUGUAUUACACGGAGCAGAGCUGAGAUAUCCUAUAGCGGAGAGAGCAGCACUAGCAGUUGUCACUUCGGCUAGGAAGUUGAGGCCGUAUUUCCAGUCACACCCAAUUAUUGUUCUUACAGAUCAACCUCUCCGGCAGAUUCUGCAGAAACCAGAAUGCUCUGGUAGAUUAAUUAAGUGGGCAGUAGAACUGGGGGAGUUUGAGAUCACGUUUCAGCAGAGAUCGGCCAUCCGAGCUCAAGCAUUAGCAGAUUUUAUUGUUGAAUGCACUCCAUGUCCUUCAACCCCUACUCCAGAGCCCAACGACUGGACCUUAUAUGUUGACGGAGCAUCCAGUAGCAAGGGUUCAGGGGCUGGCACUCUCUUGAUCGGUCCAGAGGGAUACCGAAGUGAACAUGCUCUGAAAUUCAACUUUGAUGCAACAAAUAACAUGGCUGAGUAUGAAGCUCUGCUACUUGGCCUACAACUAGCAUUAGAGUUGAAAAUCAGUGCAAUUCAAGUGUACAGUGACUCCCAGCUGGUGGUGAACCAAAUCAACUAUAUUUGCGAAGUCGUUGAUCCUGUGAUGAUGAAGUAUGUAGCCUUGGUGGCUGAGCUAAAGUGCAAAUUCCAGAAAUUCUGUUUGAAGGUCCUAGAUGAACCAAGCUUCACGAAGCCUCGGGUGAUGGAGAUUAGCACAGACCCUGACACGUCGAGCUGGACUGAUUCGAUUGUCUCCUUUUUACGAGAUGGGAUCGUACCUGAGAACAGACAGGAGGCAAUGAAAUUGAGGAAGAAAGCAUCUCGAUAUACACUCGUUAAUGGGGUCCUGUAUAAGAGAUCUUUCUCACUUCCUCUUCUAUGGUGUUUAAGCCCUUAUGAAGCUAAAUAUGCACUUCGAGAGGUACAUGAAGGUGUCUGUGGAAGCCAUGUUGGUGCCAGGACUCUGGCUCACAAAGUCUUACGGCAAGGAUAUUACUGGCCAAACAUGUACAAAGAUGCCACUUGCUUUGUUCAGAAGUGCCCGAAAUGUCAAUUCUUCGCACAUCUGACCCACCAACCAGCAGAAGAGCUCACGAACUUGGUAGCACCAUGGCCAUUUGCUCAGUGGGGACUGGAUCUUUUAGGCCCAUUCGUGAAAGGGGUUGGUGGUGUAACCCAUCUGGUUGUUGGUGUGGAUUAUUUCACGAAGUGGGUUGAAGCUCGGCCUUUAUCUAGUCUUACCUCCAAGAAGGUCGAAGAUUUUGUUUUCGGUUCAAUCAUCUGCAGAUAUGGGAUUCCAAAUCAGAUUAUGGCUGAUAAUGGAACUCAAUUCAAUUGCUCCUCAUUUCGAGAUUUCUGCUCCAGUUAUGGGAUCAAGUUACAGUUCACCUCCGUUCACCAUCCGGAGUCCAAUGGCAUGGUUGAAUCUGUUAACAAAUGCAUCCUGGAAGUCAGAGAAGAAGCUCGGCUUCGAACUCUUGUAUACAAGCAGAAACUAGUCAACUUCUACAAUAAACGGGUCCGCCCUCGAACAUUCAAAGUAGGAGACCUUGUUCUCAGAAAAGCUGGCCUAACGGGGUUUGAAACUCGUUUUGGCAAACUUGCCCCAAAUUGGGAAGGCCCCUAUGCCGUGGCCGAGGUGCCACAUCCUGGUGCUUAUAUUCUCCAAGACGCUGAAGGAAAGAGAGUUCCUAGAGUCUGGAAUGUCAAUAACUUGAAGAAAUUUUACCCCUAAUAAAAUUCUUUCAAGUGUUUUAAGUCUUACUGUUCUUUACGUUUCUCACUUCUUAUUUAUUAAGAAUCAUUUUACCUCUUAUUCUAUGUAUCUGAGGUCAAUCAGUUCAUUCACUUCUGUUAAUAAAUGUCACUUCACAUU